AUGAAUGCCUGGUUUACCCCCGCUAUACUCCAACGCGCGAGGCAGUUGGACAUCUACGCGGACAAGGCUCUUGCCGAUCAUCUAUGGCCACGUCUUCCUGCGCAUAUGAACUUCUUACAGAAACUGCGCAUCGAGGCCUUCGAAAGGAACGAGAUUCUCGCCUUGCCUCAGCCUCUCCUCGAUCUACCGGCGGUCACGAGCCUUCACCUCCAAGGCUACCACGUGCCUUGGCGAUCCGCGCUUAUGUCGCCGCAGUUGACCGAGCUAGACAUUGGAUACUGGUUCCCUAGCCGCCCUCUACCUUACGAAGUCCUUCGUGACAUGCUGUCUUCGCUGCAGUUCCUCGAGCGGCUCAUUCUCUGUGGCAUCAAUGUCCGUUUCAGCACUCCUUUCGACCAGAUUCCCAAUAUCGUUCUGUCCUUGCAUCUUAUGAAAUUGGAAAUUCACACGGAAGUCGAACAGGGCGACAUAUCUACGAACAACUUGAUGUUGAUGUCACUCCUGCAGACGCCACCUGGCUGUAAUCGACUUGUCUCGAUCCAGAGAGAGACAGGCGAGACGGCCCCUCUCGAAGGAAUACUAGCUCGACUUAUACCCCUCUUCUCCCUUGUCAACUACAAAGAGAUGGGAUUACGACAACUUUGGCUGGAGGAACACGCCAUGACAUUCGCUUCAACACCCAUGAUGCUUCAAGACUCAACCGUGGCUCAUCAGUCAUCUUACAACCGUACCGCCGCUCGACUUGACCUUGCCCCUUCACUCGAUGCAUACCCCUUGAAUCUCUAUCUCCCAUUCGUGCCUGUCGGGCGUCUUCGUACCUUGUUCCUCGAUGGGUGGACCACGAGGACUCUCUCUAGCCAUAACCUCUGGCCGGAACUGCUCCGCGCGGAGGAGGUCUGGGACGUCAAACUGACUUCGGCUACGGAAGGCCACGACUACGCCACCUUCUUCGACGUUCUCCGUAAUGAGCGCCUUGGUGGUGACAGUAACAGCCAUUCCGCCAUGUUAUUUCCACGAAUGGAACAACUCGCGCUCCCUCUUUCCGGAGUCGAGACAGCGAGCACUGACGUGAUUGCCGAUCUGAUUAAGCUCAUCCACGCUCGGCAGCAUAAAGGCGCGCCCAUCAAAAAGCUGCUUGUGCCGAAAGAAGUCGAGCAUUGGAUCUCAUGGGAUACCCUUCGCACGAUGAUGAACGUCACGACUGUCAUAGAUGGCCAGUAUUGA